AAGCGUAUGCCAUCGAACUUCCGGCCCAAGGAACGAAGCUAUCCAGGCUUGUGCUGAUGGCCGUUCUCUUAUAAGAAUGCGAGAACAAUAAGCCUUUUUGUUCCACCCUCUCCUCCCUAUUGUCUCCCUCGAUCGGGACUCACCGUGCUGCUCACGCCAUCUCAUACCAGUUUGUUACUUAUAAUACCCUUCUGUAUCUCUAGACAUGCCUGCUCUCCGUACUCGGCGUAGACGUUCAUCGAUCGCACUUGGUCUUGCUUCUUUGACACCAGCAAAGCCCGGAAACUAUGGAAUCAAUACUUCUCCACGAAACGUCAGCUUUGCACCUAACGUGACACCCAGCACAUACGUGGAAACUGAAGAGACUGCGGAGGGUGACGGUACUGAGCCGACAUCACCCGCAGAUGCUCUCUUCCCUCCUGUUGAAGCACCCGUGCCUCCACCAACACGAAGGAGGGUGCCGCCUGGCAAACGCCGCUCUCAAGGAUACAUUCCUCGUCCACCCAACGCUUUCAUGCUCUUUCGUGCCGAUUUCGUUCGUCAGAAACAUGUUCCCGGGUCGAUCGAGACCAACCAUGGCUCGCUCUCUAAGAUCAUUGGAAAUUGUUGGCGUCAGCUGCCUCUCGAGGAGAAACGUAUUUGGGAGAGCCGUGCGAAGAAGGCGAAAGCCGACCAUCGCGAACGGUAUCCCAACUAUCGCUUCAGACCUGUCCACAACAAGCACAAGAAACGCGACGCCGCGCGGAAGGAAAAGACGCCAAUGCCCGUUCAAGACGAGCGCCGGUGCGAGGAAGUCGCCCAGCUCUUGCUCGAGGGCAAGAAGGGCGAUGAAUUAGCAGCUGCCGUCCGAAUGCUUGAUUACGAUCGUGCACAUGAGAUGAGCAUGAGUGCAACUGCGAGUCCCAUGCUGCACAUGCCCGCACCUCUUCCCAUGGUCUCAGGUGCCAUGCCGUUCUAUACCCAGCGCCGAUCUUCGUCCGUUCCUCCCAUGAUGUACCAUCCCAUCAACAUUCCCAGCGUGCCUUUCCUCAUGCAUUCUCAAGCUCAGCACCCGACGUACUCACGUCCGGAAUCACCCGUCAGCAGCAUUGCUCGAUCGAACCGGAUGUUCCUCGGUCAGCGCCGUGCGUCUAGUGUGGGUGUCUCUUUGGAAAGGUCGUGGAUGAUGGGUUCGGAGUACAUGCCUUACCAAUUGCAGCAAGACGACGAACCACUUCCUGAGGUCGACACUAGUCUCUUCGAGCAGUCAUUCUUAGAUUCGUCAUCCGGCUUCUCGAUGUCCCAACCUAACAAUAACUUAUUCGUGCAAACGAACCAGGUUCAACAUCCCGAGUUCGCCCUGAGCAUUUCGCCUCUCGACCCGCUCUCAUCGACGACAACAGUUCCAUCCUCGCAAUCAUCCGCUUUCCCCUUUUACUCUCCCGCGACUGCUCCCAAUCAGCCACAUCAGUAUGGCGGCGAACACAUGAGCUGGCUUCCGGCGCUCGAAGCAUCUUCUGGCCCUUCAUCAGCCUUCUCAGGCUCUCCUUCACCAUCGGAACAAGCCCUUCCUGCCCCUCCGAACUCAACUAUCCAUACCCCUCAACCUCAGCACCCCAUCGGCUAUGCUCAGCAGCAACAUGAUAUGCACGCUCUUGUCGGUCCUUCGGAGCCCGAGUUUACUUUCGAGCAGUUGCAAGAGUACGGAUUCGAUACGUACGCUUCUGGCACUGCGAUGUACGGUGCUGAGUCGCAGCAUUGCGGUUUGGAGGCCGGUGUAACGGAGUUAUAUCCAUAUCACGAAUACCCCGUCGAAGUCCCACAGUACUAGGGGGACUCUUCUUAUCUUGCGUCCAAAGUUAUCUGUUUCGUUGCUAUUGCUCGCUUUGUCACGGUUUUCACGUCACAUACCCCCUCAACAACAUACACAAUGAUAUCUCGUCUCAGUCAGUUCUUAUUUCCCUUAUACUCUGUAGCAAGUAUUAUCACCCCAGUCUCCUUUACCCGUUACCCACCUGUAGCAUUUAUCGCUUCCUCUCGCACAUAGCAUACUAGAUCUCGUCGUGGGCAGGCUCUUUUAGUGCUGCUUUAAUGAUCGUUUCCUCAGUUCUUGUGUCUAGCUUUCACUUGAUGUUUCUGUAUACUUAUUUGUAAUCGCUGCUUUUGGCUAUAGACGUCGCUUUCUAUUACUACGCCUCAAGUGAUUAU